AUGUCACGCACCAAGCUCAAAGCACGAAAGCUGGGUUCGAAGAAGCGGAAAAGAGAUGAUCAGGACAACGACAAAGACAAAGACAAUGAGAAUAUCAAACAACGUCCUACCAAGAAACCAAAUUUGUCCAAAUCGAAGGCUAUCGAGUUGCCGCAAAGAUCGAAGUCGACCCAAUCAUUUGAGCCCACGGCGUCCCCAGAAGUCGGUGCCUCACCUGAAACCAUUGCCUCACCAGAUCCCUCACUCCUAGCAGACCAGUUUGCAAACGCAGUCCGCAAGCACUUUUCCGAGAGUAGUUCAAUUGAACUCGAAGAACAGUAUCUACCUACAAAGGCAUUCUGCGACACCACGAAGUUCAGCAAAGCGCGUGUGGCCAGUAAUAUGCCUGAGUUCUUAGAAAAGUCCUCAGAGAAUGUGAAGGAUUCACUGAUACAAAGUAAAGGACGUGGACCUCAUACCCUCGUCAUAACAUCUUCUGGUAUCCGCACUGCAGACGUGGCUCGAGAACUUAGGGAUAAGACCGACUGUCAUGUGGCGAAACUGAUUGCUAAGCACAUGAAGUUGAAGGCUAACGUCGAGUACAUGAAAAAACACAAUGUCGACAUUGCAAUCAGUACCCCGAUGAGAUUGGGUGACUUGGUAGAUACAGAUGAUGCUCUGAAUCUCAACGCCGUCAAGCUUAUUGUGAUUGAUGCAAGCUACAAAGAUGAGAAGAAUCGUACCAUUUUCGAGCUUAAAGAGCUGGUUGGCCCUCUCAUCGAGUUCCUGAAUAGGCCUGGACUUCAUUCGAGGUAUGGAAAUGGGAUUCAAAUUAUGGUUUUCUGA